AUGAGAAGGCCAGGAGAAGGGAUAGAAGAGAGGAACGACUAUAUCAUGUUUCACAAAGGAGAACACACCGGACAAAAAGGAGUAGGUUUCCUUAUCAAAUCUAAACUGAAGAAGAACAUUAUGGAAUUUGAAGGAGUUUCUGACAGAAUUGCUGUAGUUCAUUUAAAAUUUCCAGGGUACAAGAAAAACUGGGCUAUCUUUCAAAUAUACGCCCCAACAGAACAAGCGGGGAAAUCAGAAAUAGAAUAUUUCUAUGAGAGUAUCUCAGAAACAAUAAGACCGCAUUACAACAACAACAUAAUUAUCAUGGGCGACUUUAACGCACAGGUUGGAGAAAGGCAAACUGGAGAAGAAUCCUCAAUCGGGAAGUUUGGGCAUGGCAAAAGAAGCCAAAAUGGACAGAAAUUAGUAGAAUUCAUGAUGGAAAAUAACGUUAUUUUAAUGAACUCAUGUUUUAACAAAAAAACUAAAAGCAAAUGGACGUGGUCCUCCCCAGGCGCAAAAUUCAAAACUGAAAUUGACUUUAUUAUAACCAACAAAGCAAGUGCGUUCACAGAUACCAACAUAGUUAAAAACCUCAACUUUAACACAGACCACCGUAUGGUAAGAAGCUGCCUAAACAUAAACCAACCCAAAAUAUCCAGGAAAAACCUAGUAAACAAUAAUAAGCUGUAUCAAAUAUCAGAACGCAAUCAUUCUACUAAUUCCCGCACAACAGAAUCACUCAAUGAAAUUAUUACUUCCGACGCAGAAACUGGGAUUAAAUACAGGAGGCUACAAAACAAAUUCAAAGAUAUGCUAGUCAGCAAACCCAGAAGCAAAGAAAGCUAUUUAAGUAAAAAGACACUAGAACUAUUAGACGAAAGAAGAACACUAAUAUCAAAUAAAGAGGACAAAGAAAGACGCCAAAAAAUUGCAACCCUUAGCAAGGAAAUUAAGGAGAAUAUGAGGAAAGACCGAAAGGAAGAAAGAAAUAGAGUUUUGGAAGAAAAUAUAAAAAGAACAGGAGGAACAAAAAAGGCUAUGAAACAAUUAAGCGAACAUGGAAAAGAAUGGAUAGCGAAACUAAAGCAACGCGAAUCCUACUCAACUAAUCGACUCUCAAUACAGAAACUAGCUACGGACUAUUACCGCCUAUUGUACUCAGAUAAAUUCGAUUCAGGGAUGGCCACAAUUCCGGAAGUAAACGAAGUAAAAGAAAACAAAGUAGAUGAAGUGCCAGAAAUACUUACAUCAGAGGUAAUCAAGGCAAUAAAAUCCCAAAAACUCAAGAAAGCCCCAGGACCGGACAAGAUACCUAAUGAAAUGCUCAAGGGAUCCUUGAAGGAAAUCAGUCCUGUUCUGGCAAAACUUUUCAAUAAAAUCUUACAAACAAGGCAAAUUCCAGAAGAAUGGACCGAGUGUCACAUAAUUCUACUACAUAAUAAAGGUCAUAGAGACGAGAUUGGGAACUAUAGGCCGAUUUCUCUUAUAUCAAACAUAUAUAAAGUACGAGUAUUUGCUAAAAGCCUAGCAAAUAUAAGUAGAGAAGUUGGUCUGGAAAUCAAUGCCAGUAAAACAAAAUUAAUGUCAAACUCAAGGGAAAUAGAUGUUAUGGUAGAUGGCAACAAGAUCGAAUAUGUCAAAGAAUAUAUUUACUUAGGACAGAUAAUAUCUCCUUCAGAUGAAAUGACAAAGGAAAUAAACAGGCGAAUAGCCCAAGGAUGGAGAAAAUACUGGUCACUGAAGGAAAUAGUGAAAAGUAAGGAUCUAGGAAAUCACAUAAAAAAGAAAACAUUCGAGACCUGUAUUCUACCAGUUCUUACUUAUGGCUGUGAAACUUGGUCAACAACACUUUACCAUAGGGAAAGGCUAACAAAAUGCCAACGUGCCAUGGAAAGAAGCAUGCUAGGGUUAAAAAUCAAAGACAGAGUCAGGAACGACGACAUUAGAACAAGAACAAAACUCACAGACAUUCUUACCCGGAUAAACGUCCAAAAAUGGAGAUGGGCUGGACAUUUGCUACGCCACCCCAUUAACAAAUGGAGCAAGCAAGUCACUCUCUGGCAACCAAGAGACGGCAAAAGAGGCAAGGGUCGUCAAGUCAGGAGAUGGGAAGACGACUUGAAACAGACAGCGGGACCAUUCUGGUUGAGAGUAGCAAGGGACAGGAACCAUUGGAAGAAAUUGGAGGAGGCCUAUGCCAAAAGGCACACCGAACUUAGGGACCUCUUGUAA